UAACAUGGAGUAUGUUUAUUAGGCAUGAACAAAUGGCCAAAGAGUGAAAAGAAACAAAAGCAAAGAAAAGGAAAGAAUCGGUGUCAGAAAAAAAUUGACGACCGGGCAAAGAGGAGUGGCCCAUAUUAGCAUCCGUCUCCUUGUUUAUCUUAUUCAUUCAUCUGAAUCUCUGCGCUCUUCUCUCUUAAGAUAUAUAGCUCCAAAUUGAUCAUUUUCAGAAACUCGCAACAUUUUACAUUCAGAUUGGACGAUAACAGAGAAUGGUCAAAGGAUAUGGAGCAUUUUGAAGUAGGGAUCAUACCAUGUUGCAGUGCCUAGACGGUAUCAAGCAUUUAGGUGCUUCUCUGUCGAAAUGUUGUGAUCUGGGUAGGCAAUCAACGGGCUUUGAAGAUCCGGAGAUCCUAGCACGAGAAACAGUUUUUAGUGUCAGUGAGAUCGAAGCUCUUUAUGAGCUAUUUAAGAAGAUCAGCAGCGCAGUGGUUGAUGAUGGGCUGAUCAACAAGGAAGAAUUUCAAUUGGCACUAUUCAAGACGAUAAAAAAGGAAAGCUUGUUUGCCGACAGGGUCUUUGACUUAUUUGACACAAAGCACAAUGGAAUCUUGGGUUUUGAGGAAUUUGCUCGUGCCCUCUCUGUUUUUCAUCCAAAUGCUCCUAUUGAUGAUAAGAUUGAGUUUUCUUUUCAGCUAUACGAUCUCAAGCAACAAGGCUUCAUUGAGAGGCAAGAGGUGAAGCAAAUGGUGGUUGCUACCCUUGCUGAGUCUGGUAUGAACCUAUCAGAUGAUGUCAUUGAGAGCAUAAUUGAUAAGACUUUUGAAGAAGCCGAUACUAAACAUGACGGAAAGAUUGAUAAGGAGGAAUGGAGCAGUUUGGUCGUGCAACAUCCUUCACUUUUGAAGAAUAUGACUCUCCAAUAUCUCAAGGACAUUACGACUACAUUCCCGAGCUUUGUCUUUCAUUCCAGAGUUGAGGAUACCUGAUUUGAGAUGGACAGGCGGAAGUUGUUUAGGGAAGUGCUUUUGCUACAUUUUUUUUUCUUCUGCCUUCUGGGGAAUUGCAAUUGCGAUACUGUGUUUCGCUCUUCUUCUUUUCCCGUUUCAUAUUUCAAGAUUUUCAUGAUUUGUUAUUCUUUUUGAGUAUAGUGGUUCUAUACUACCAUUCAGUUGUGUUGUGUAUGCAUCUACUUGGUGAAUAGUGCACGUCAGUUUUGUUAAGAUUA